AAUGCAGUGCCAGGCGCCGGGUAGCACUAUGCGGCUCUGACACUGGGCAGUAUGGGCAGGAGGCGGCAGGUGGCGAGAGGCCGGGUGAAGGCUCCUGCAGUGCCCCUGCCAGUAUGGAUGAGGCUGUAUUUCUAUGGCAUGCACGGCCUGACCCUGGACGUGCUGAGCUCCUGUAUCCGCCGCUUCCUUCACAGCCAGGACUACCAACUGCUGGGCUUCUCCUCGCCAUACCGCUGCCUGCUGCAUGCCCUCGCCCACCUGGCCCUGGAGAAGAUCUACCUGCAGAGGAAGAGCUUCCCGGACAAUGCCCUGGCGUUCCACUUCGUCUUCUACCCCUCGGUCUUCGUGGGCCUGCAGAUCCUGCUCCGGAAGACGCUGCUGCAGGGCUGCCCCCCGGAGCGGGCACUGAGUGCGGCAGAGCUGGGGCUGCAGUAUGCCCUGGCCAUCUACUUCUCCCAGCUCUUCCUCCGGAGCUUCCUCCGGCUGCAGUACCCGGGAGGAGCGGGGCCCCAUGCUGCCGGGCACCGGCUGCCCCUCGUCCUGCGCUUCACCUUCUACGGGAUGCACGGCUUCAUGGAUGAAGUCUUCUUCACGUCCGCCUUCAACCUGCUGGAGAAGCCGGGCAGCCCGGUGAGCGGGCACACGUCCCUGUGGUCCUUCCUCAUGUACGGCAGCUGCAGCCUGAUCGUGGAGAGGCUCUUCUUCCACCUGUGCUAUGGCCGAGGCUGGGGGGCUUGGAGAAGACUCCCUGUCUACAUCCUCUUCGUCUACACUUGGGAGUUCUCCUGGGGCUUGGGGCUUCGCACAUGUAAUGCUUGUUCCUGGGAUUAUUCUCAUUACCCUCUGAACUUCAUGGGCCUGGUGACCCUCAUGUACCUUCCAGGGUGGAUAUUCCUUAGCUUCUACCAGGACCUGCUGUCCAAGGUGCUGCUCCGAAUACGUUAUGUAUGAAGCCUGCUGAGGGAUCUUGUGGAAUGUGCUGGUGGUGGAGACAUCAGGUUACAAAACCUCACUUUCUAGGAGUGAUAGGCUGUGGAACCUAAGAAACUUCUCCAUUUUCAUAUGGAAGUUUCAGCUAACCAAGUGUUUUCUAAUUCUCUGCAGUUGUAAGUAGAAGACCAGAAGACCAUGGCAGCUUCUAGCAGCUGGGCCAAUGCAGUGGACCACUUUGUCAUCUACCAAUUCCUAUUUUCUUACACAGAAAACUGCUUUAUAAUGGAAAGUGUUUCCUUCUACAUUAAAAGUGGACCAAU